AUGAAUCCAUCAACACGCCGCUCGUUAACCCCCUUCCUCCUCUCUCUCACCACCCGUCCAAACUACCACCAACACCACCACCACCACCACCACUACCGCGCAUUCACCACAACUCCAAUCCCACGCAAAUCAAACAUGCCUCCGCCGCCCCCGAACCCCCCUUUAUCAUACACCACCUCGUCCGCCCUGAACCCAUACCUAGUCCCCUACCACCCCCUCAACCCCUCCGCCACAACGGACCCGCGCGACCUGGUCACCCACCGCCUGGCCGUCGGCGCGGCGGUCCUCAACCUCUCGUCGACGCCGCACCGGAUCCUGGUCCUCCAGCGCUCUGCCAAAGAAAAGGCGCUUCCGCACUGCUGGGAGGUACCCGGCGGCGCCGCCGAGUCCGUGGACGGCAACCUCGUCGCGUCCUCGAUGCGCGAGCUGUGGGAGGAAACGGGCCUGCGCGCCGCCAGGGUUAAAGGUCUCGUGGGCAGUUACAAGUGGUCCGGUUUCGGCCCCAGCGUCGACGCCCCCGCUGUCCCCGGCGAUCAGGCGUUAGCUCUCCCCGGAGGCGGCGUCGGUAUUGCAGGCGAACCGUCCGAUGCCGGGGUUGAAACUACGGCGGCGGCGGGAGGCGGCGGCGCGGAAGAGAGAUCGCCCGAGGCCGCCAAGGGCCGCGACGCGUGGCGCAAGUUUACGUAUCUUGUGGAGGUCGAGGCGAACGGGGAGGACGGCGAGCCAAAGGUGCUGAUCGACCCCGAGGAGCACGAUGCGUUCGUCUGGGCUACGGAGGAGGAGGUGCGUGCGGAUCGGGCUGGCGAUGUCAAGUUCAAGUGGACUUCGGAACAUCAGAAGAGGGAUCUCUUGAAGGCGUUGGAGAUGGCCAAGAAGCUUUAG